AUGGCGUCAGAUCAAGACUCCCCAACGGAAGCAACAAAUCCUACAGUCUCGCCAAAGAACGUGUAUAAGGACCCGGAUGAUGGCCGCCAGCGCUUCUUGCUUGAGCUCGAAUUUGUUCAAUGCCUUGCUAAUCCUACCUAUAUUCAUUAUUUGGCUCAAAAUCGGUAUUUUGAAGAUGAAGCAUUUAUUGGAUACCUCAAAUAUCUUCAGUAUUGGCAAAGGCCAGAGUACAUAAAGUUUAUCAUGUAUCCUCAUUGUCUCUUCUUUCUCGAGCUUCUUCAAAACUCGAACUUUCGAAAUGCAAUGGCACAUCCUGCAAACAAGGAGUUGGCGCAUAGACAACAGUUUUACUUUUGGAAGAACUAUAGAAACAACCGGCUGAAGCACAUAUUACCAAAGCCACUUCCUGAACCUGGUAGUGCACCUUCAGCUUCUGUGGGCCCACCAUCUUUGCCGACUACAACAAUAGCAUCUAUUCCUCCAGUUCCUUCUCCAGUUACUCAAGCUCCUUCCCCUAUGCAGUAUGGCAUGGGUCUGGGAUCCUUCGUGAAGAAUGAUCCAAGAAAUAGCGGAGUUGACAGAAGAAAGAGAAAGAAAGAUGGGUGA